AAGCAUGUGGUUCCUACUUCUCCUGGUUCCGUUACAGGUUGGAUUGGGUGGUGCGGUAGAUGGUGAUUGGGUCCAUUUGCCCAGUAAAUGUGAAGUGUGCAAAUAUGUCGCUGUUGAACUGAAAUCCUCAUUUGAUGAGACAUCUCGGACACAUGAAGUGAUCGAUACACGAUAUGGAUUUUUGGAAGAGGGAAAAAAGAAAAAGAUCAAAUAUACAAACUCAGAUAUUCGCCUGAUCGACGUCACAGAAGGCCUCUGUCAAAGACUGUUGGAGUACAACCUUCAUAAAGAGCGGACUGGCAGCAAUCGCUUUGCUAAGGGGAUGUCAGAAACCUUCCAAACUUUGCAUCACCUUGUCCAUAAAGGAGUGAAAGUUGUGAUGGACAUUCCAUAUGAACUCUGGAAUGAAACUUCUGCUGAAGUUGCUGAUAUGAAGAAACAGUGUGAUGUCCUGAUGGAAGAGUUUGAAGAUGUCAUUGAAGACUGGUAUCGAAACCACCAGCAAGCAGAUCUUACAGACUUCCUGUGUGCUAAACAUGUCUUAAAGGGACAAGACCAGAGUUGCCUGGAUGAAAAAUGGAGUGGUAGGAAGGGAGACACUGCUCCUUCCACUGGUAAAAAGAAACAAUCAAAUAAAGGGGGGAAAAAGAAAUCCAAGAAAGCCAAAGAAAACUCAAAGAAUCGGAACCCUGACAAGCCACCUGCAGGAAAAGCAGAUAUGUCUGAGACACAGACUUCUCAAAGCAGGACUAAUGAUGAACUUUGACAAAGCUCAGACAAACUUGAAUAGGUUACAUAAACCCCUUUUGUCCUAGACAUAUCUCUUGGAUUUGAGUCUCCAUUCUUCCUGCUCAGCUCAGCAGAUGCCCAUCACAAGA